UAAGAAUACCACCAGUUAUUGCGAUGCGUAUCAAAAUGGCACGCCCGAUGACGACACGUUUACCCCUAGCUGUGGAGUUGCUGUGAACGAAUAUUUCUGGCUCAAUAACUUACAUCCAACUUAUCCUAUCCAUGAUGUAGUUGCUCAGCAGGUUGCGGAGGCUCUAUCGGUAGGGCCGACUGUAUGCUAAUUCGCCAAGAUACUAUGGGAUAUUUUACCACUAGAAGUAUCCACUCGUUCUGUGGCGGAGGACGAGGGUAAUAGGAUAUGGACAUUGGUUGCGAGUUACGGCACAGCCACGUAUCAUUAUGAUUCAUAAUGAUUCAUACCCGAUCUUAUCCGAUCAAUAACUUUCCCAAUAGGGGCUUACUCGUUGUUCUCACGGCACUCCUAAGGCAUAUAUUCCUUAUACUCAAUUAGAUUCAAUAGCGGAUCCCUGCUCACCCUAUAUAAAGUAGUAUUCUUAAUAGGCACUACCAAUCCUCUUGAAUCAUGUGGCGGUCAAAUGGGCAGAGUCAUUUUAGCUACGCGCGUGGAAGUGAGAGGCUAACACCGACAGUGGAAGGCUGAAUCUUACAUUAGGAAAGGGGGUAAAACACAACCUCCCUAACGAGAUUUAGAGACGACGUCAAAGAGCCGGAAGCUCGGAGUGUCAUGACGGAAUCAACAUAUCAAAUUCAACACACAAAGAGGGUCUUCCCCCUGAACGGCCCAAAACAGACAACAACAACGAAAUUGUCUGUCCUUGACGCAUCUGUCGCGCGAUUUGCACCAUGCGGCGCAAUCUGGCUUUACGAUCAAGCUGAAAACGCCGAUUCGCGUGAUCCUACUUUAUUCGAACGGCUGGAGAAAGCGCUUAGGCAGACCUUAGACGACUACCCGCACUUCGCAGGCCAGCUCCGAUGGGCAUCUGAGGAGCUCGUGAAAGAAGACGUCAAUUCUCGGCAUAUUGGCCGACCAGUGGUUGUGUAUGGUAGCCCAGGAGAUCCUGGGGUGGAAUUGACAAUUGUAGAGGGCAGCCGAGAGCUCAGUGCUGUGGUACCGAGCCAAGAUGAGCGGUUAGCUGCAAAGCAAGUAUGGAAUGCGACAGACUUUCCUCAGAAUGACCUCCUCGCUAAAACGAAACUUGCAUUCUCGAGCUUGUCGGAGUUUGAGGGUUUGCCGGGCGUUGCUAUCCAACUAACGAGCUUCAAAUGCGGCGGAUUUGCGAUCGGUAUCAAGCUUGCGCAUUGCCUCUCGGAUGCUAUGUGUCUUAUGCAAUUCGCCCAUGGCUGGGCAGCGCAGUCGCGAUAUCUGUUUGGGGGUGAUAAAUCCGAUGGGGAAAAGCGUCUUGCACCACUGUUCGACCCCUCGCAGCUGGACCAGCGCGCCGGUCUUACCCCCACAGGACCAGACCCAGAGAAAGUCAGAAUAGCGAGAGCUCUGCCCAUGCAUCGAUACGAUUGGUGGGCCAAAGAUGCACCAGGCUAUCCUCCCUGGGCCGAAGCGUCAACACUCGGCACAAGACCACCACCGGAGGAACUGGCUCGCUCAGAGCUAAGCCCUUCCUCCUUUCCACCCUGGCCAACAUGGGAUAUGGCUUCUCCAGUGGAACACGUACAAAUACGUUUCACGGCGGAAACCAUUGUUGCGAUGAAGAAGGCCGCUGAGAGAAGCCUUCCAGAGCCCCUUAGGGGGUACCGCGUCUCACGGCUUGACGCUGCUCUGGCGCACAUCUGGAUUCUUAUCAACCGCGCAAGACGGCUUGAGAGAUCUCAAGAGCAGGUAUAUAUCGACAUCACCCUUGGGGUCCGCAAUCGGGUCGACCCACCGCUACCAGAUGCCUUCGUAGGCUCUCCGAUCUUGUUAGGCUAUGUUGCCAAACCCGGCUCCGAGGUGAGCACUGCAACAAUCGGUUCAAUUGCCGGCUCGAUUAGGCAGACAAUGUCCCUAUUCACUCCUGACGCCGUGUCAGCAUACAUCCACGAUGCAGCUUACGAGGUUAGCCCACAACGACUAUGGCAAGCCUUCCUCGGCUCCCAACAUACACUCGUUACUUCAUGGGUACGAGCACAGGCAUACGAGGUUGACUUCUGCGCGACGCAUAAACUAGCUCGGUACGUGCAAGGUGUGAUGCCGCGAAUGGACGGGCUUGUCCAGGUCAUGGACAUUGCGGAUACAGGGGAUUUUGACAUCAGCGUGUGUUUAGAGGAGGAAACGAUGCAGCGAUUUCUCCAGGAUCCAAUGCUGAAGGCGUAUGGGUUUUGAGGAAUAAUAGAUAGGUUUUAAAAUCGUCAUUAAAUGGUACCAGUAGUAACCAUAUUCACUUAAUUAUAUCAUAACGAAUGUUUCUACGGGUAUCUGAAGACUCGGUCGAGUGUGCAAUCACCACUCAUGGUUAUGUUGAAAGUCGGAAUGAGCCUUAAAAGCGAGUUCUCCGUCCAAGAGUACCCGAACGGCCAGCAUCGCCAUCCCUUUCGCACAUCGUAGUGCCUUUUCAUGAGCUUCGUCGGUGCUAGCCGCUGC